AUGCAAGCAGACUCAAAAGAUGGACGAUUCGCGACCCUUCCCUCACUUGCUGGUCAUCAACGUCGCGUCGAUGACAAGUGGCUGGACACCAUUCCCGGCAUAGGGAACGAUCCCGCUGGUUGGCUGCGGUAUGAGUGGUGGAACAACGGCAACGACGUGAGAGUUGAUGACCGGGCCGGGAGGGUCCUCUGUCCCGCGGGAGGCAGCCGCAUGAUGUCAAGCAUCAUUGAUCACGGUGCGCAAGCGGCUUGCCAGAUGUUUGUCUCCAAGAGUAGGGCGGGGCAGCUCGGUCUCCAAGUCUGGCACGCGUGGGAGCAAUGGGGUGACGGUCAGUUGACCACCGCGGACGGCCACGAUGGCUACAUCCGGUGGCUGAUUGGAAGUGUGAGCGAUUCGCCCACUGAGUUGACCCAGGAGUUUUGCGAGAAUAUAUGGGACGCGGUCAAGAAUCUCUGCUCCAACGACGCUGGCGCAACUCAAGGCCAAGCCGUUUCUGUGGGCGACUGGACCAUCUAUGCAGACCCGAAUGAAAAGGCAAGCGGCAAAUGA